UUUUCUCUGUGGAUUUUCUUUCUAUCUACAGUGGCCUUAAUAUGCCAUUGUACAUUUGUGUGUGUUAGCGUGGAUGACAACCGUUCCGAAACGGAUUCUGUGUGUAUUAUAUUAGCUUUUAAAAUGAUUUUUUUUUUAUUCAGGUGGGUGUGUACAAGGCCUGAGAAUCUGAUGAGGUCACAACUGACCAAUUAGAUUAGAGCAUUUUGAAAGCCUAAAUAUAUAUUUUAAAUUUCCAAAGAAAAAUAGCUAUAUUGUAGUCUAUAUUCUAGAAGAAAUUGAUCAUCUUUUCAUUAACUAUAUGACAUCAAAACAUGCUAACACUAUUAUAUCUUUGUCCAUGUCCAGUCUUACGUUCAUCUAGACUGCCAUGCCUGCAUUGGAGGUGAUCUGCAGCCUGAUUGGCUGGCUGUGCCUCUACCUGUUGUUCUGCUCCACCUUCUCUCACCGAGGACCCGAGUGGAACUGCCGCUUGGUCACCUUGACCCAUGGCGUCAUCAUGGUGCUGCUGACGGCAUACGUUGUGUUUGUUGACGGUCCCUGGCCCUUCACACAUGCAGGUACAGAAAACACUGACCUCCAGAUAUUUGCCCUGGCAGUCUGCCUCGGCUACUUCUUCUUUGACCUGGGUUGGUGCGUGUGCUACCGGAGCGAGGGCCCAGUCAUGCUGGCGCAUCACGCCGCUAGCAUCGUGGGCAUCCUCCUGGCGCUGCUGAUGGGCGUGUCGGGCUGUGAGACCUGCGGGGUGUAG